GACAUCUAUUUUGCAAGGGAGUUACCCGCCCCUUCUCUGAGAGCAAGUGCCCUGGUUUCAUUUGCCUAAGUUCCACUUGGCCUUAUGUGAAACAUACAAAUAGUCGCUCCCUCUUAUAGCAUUAUUAGUUGUCUGAAAUCUUUAUUAUCAUCACACCACCAUGAAUUUUGCCUGUGAAAUAUGCAAUAUUGGAUUUACGUCCGAAGGAGCUUUGAAGGCACACAAAACAAGUGAGAAACAUUUGAGUCGGGCUGAAGCUUUUCAUUCUUGUUUACUGGAAGCAGCCCACAGUGUUCAUGUGACAGGCUUUUCUCGAAACGUUGGCAAAGAUGCGUUGUACAACUAUUUCAUGCAGUUUGGUAAAGUUGUUGAUGUUACAUAUGUUGAUCAGAAUAACUCAUGGGUGAGCACGUUACCAUCAUUAUUUCUUCAUUGUCUUUUCUAUCCUGUUUUGAUUAAAGGGUACAACGGGGACAGUUAGAACACUGGACCAACCACUCA